CUCUUCGAGCCCCAGAAAAAGGAAGAACCCAGCUUCACACCAGAAGAUGCGGUUCUAGCAUCUGUUGGUAUAGUGAAGUGCAGUCCCGACCAUGGGCUGCUGGUGUCAGAGAGCAUGUUCCUGGCCCUGGAAGAGCUGAUCCAAGCGUGCUGUGCGGAAGAUGAAGGUGUCCCGGUGGUUCUGGUUUGUGGCCCAAAAAACACCGGGAAAUCGACAUUUAACAGAUACCUCAUUAAUCUGUUGCUGAAUCGCCUUCCCUCGGUUGAAUAUAUGGAAUGUGACAUAGGUCAAACUGAAUUUACGCCACCUGGAUGCGUGUCUUUAAGUAACGUAACAGAGCCAGUUCUUGGUCCACCGUUCACUCAUCAGCAAGCACCACGUAAGAUGGUGUUUUAUGGACAGACUAGUUGUGAGCAGGACACAGAAAGAUACCUUGAUGUCGUGAAGUACGUGUUUAGCUCCUACAAGAAGGAAGUGCCUUUACUCAUCAACACCAUGGGCUGGGUGAAAGGUGAGGGGUUGCUGCUUCUGAUUGAUAUCAUUCGGCUGUUGUCACCCAGUCACAUUGUUCAGAUGGAUGUGUACGACUGGAAAGCCAUGGCUCCGCUCACCCCAGAGUACGUUCAUCUCGCUCCUGGCCUGUACACCAAAGGCAAGCAGCAAGCCAAAUGCAAGCAGAUGGGUAUGAGUGAAGCGGAGAGCUGGAAGUCCUCUGACGGGGAGGGAGAUGCAUCGGCUCCUGAGUAUAAGUUGCUGUACGUCCAUCCAGAAUUCCCUCGAGCAGGGGUUGCCGGUGAAGCGCGAGUACACAGCAGCAUCUUGCGUGACAUGUCCAUACUGGGUUACCUGGGCCAGCUGCAGUCCCCAGACAUAGGGGUGGUGCUUCCGCUGCACAGUCUUGUGCCGUAUCAGGUACCUUUCAGUGCUGUUGCGCUCAGGGUCAUUCACACCGAUGUUGCUCCCACCAACAUCAUGUAUGCAGUGAACGCCAGCUGGGUCGGGCUCUGCAGGAUUCCGGAUGAGAUCAGAUGCCAAACCGACGGGCCCGUCUUGCUGACACAGACACCGGUCUGUGACUGCCUCGGCUUCGGAAUUGUCCGAGGGGUUGAGAUGGAGAAGAAGCUUUACCACAUUCUGACGCCGGUGCCUCCGGAGAACCUGAGGCUGGUGAAUUGUCUGCUCCUUGGCAACGUUGCCAUCCCGAACUGCGUUCUUGUGAGCCAGCAAGGAGUUGAGGGAGAGAUCCCCUAUGUCACAUCCGAUUAUAACUACAGCAUCCUGGGGUCUGGGAAGCUGAAAAAGAAGAAGCAUUUCAAGAGGAGGGAGUAUGCGUUUGAGUGCGAUUACACCUAAAGCCUCGGGGCUUGGACCGCGGGAUUUGUUUGUGUGGAGACGGGCGAGAGCCGGGUGUGGUCACAGAAGCCCUGGGUGCUACGGAGCUCAGACCCUGGGCAGGUGCCCGCUGUAGAUACUGCAGCCUGUCCUUUUUGAUAACCUUUUAUAUUUU